AUGAACUCUUCCAUCUGUCCGGGGAAAAAGAAGGUGGCCAGAUCGGCCUUCGACGGCUACCCAAUGAUAUGGUCAUCGAUACAAUUCCCCAACAUCAUCGAUUCUUGCUGGCCCCUGCCUGGGGCAACCACCCCGCCUCUCAGAAACCUUCUCACUCGAGGAUGGGUUCUGAUGAAAUGGGUAAACAGCAAACCUCUCAGUUUCUCCCUAGUACUUGGAGCCACGGUUGCUGGGAGACCUCACAGAGGUACAUUCGUCCACAAACGUUUUGCCUUGUUUGCUAUCUACUUAGGCAGUAAGCGCCAUUUGAACCUCAUGCUUACAUCUUGUCAGUUCUCAACGUCCACUCCGGCAAAAGCUGUGGGAAAUAGCGCCGACGCUGUAGCAGGUGCUACGCCACCCAAGUUUUUGCAUAUUUUUUGCAGUGAAUGCACCGCGGAAAAUGGCCUCUAUAACAUCAGAGUUGGCUCAGUGACUCUGUUCAAGUGGCAAGUCAGAUGUAGCACAACUGUACCAACCAGCAGAGUCCCAAGCGGACCCGAGUGUCUCGCAGCAUCUCUUGUUGCCAACAUCUCCCGAUCGGGAAGUGCAAAGUCGUUAAUAUCGGCGCAUGCGUUUGAAAAGGGUCAAAUUUCGACAACCCCGCUCUAUCUCUGGGUCCUUAACCCCAAUGUUAUCUACUCGUCGUCAUCUAUCCAGGGCAAGAGAACAGCGAUGAAGGUUCUAUAUCAGCAUGUCACUGCGGAAGAAGGUGACAAACUCAUAGAUUCAAUUGUAUCAGAUGUACAAGACUUGAAUCUUCCUACCACUACGAUUCAAUCAUCAAGCGAGAUUCUGAAAUCGAGUAAUUGUCUGCUCCCAGAAAAGGAGAGAUCCUUCAAAGAGUGGCAGGUCGGACUGUUGGAUCGUUGGGAUGCGAUGCUAUAG